CCCAACGAUUUUGUUCCUUUGUCUCUUUGAUUCUCGGAAAGAAAGAAAAAAGAAAAAAAUUCCCCAGAACCCAAACGCGAAACCCACCCAGCCUUUUCCCAUCUUCCGUCACUUUCCCUUCUCUGUUUUCCUCCUUUAGUUUGGUUUUUAGGGGGUGUGGUGGCAAUUUGAUGUGGAAGGGGAAAAGUACCAAUUUUUAUCCAACACAUCACCUAAUUUUCAACCACACACCCUUCAGACUUCUAUCUAUCUACUGCACCAAUGGGAAAACCCAAAAAAGACAAACAAAACGAAGAAAAGUAAGGGGCCGGGGCUGGCUUGGCUUCAACUAUUUCCUCCAGCGAGAAAUGGGAAAUUUAAAAGAAAAAAGGUGGAGCUUCGUGCGCAUAUUGUAUUCGCAUUUCUCAUUUUUUGUGUUUCUCCUGUUGUCCUUAAUUUGUCUGCACUUGCUUCUUCAUUGAGCUACUGCCCACUCGAAACACUCUCACUGCAUAUAAGUGAGAACUGGAAAAGGGAAAGGCCCACACAAGCUUUCCUUCAACAGAAGGCCUGUGAAGGAGAUGGGUAAAGCUGUCUCCUUUGCUAGAUAAUCCCAUCUGGGUAUAGCUUUGUACUUUCACCAUUUCAUUGUUAUCUCCGUCCCUUCCAAAAGAGGGAAAUGGAUUUUCAGUAAGCAGCCAGCUUUUUCUGUACUACUCUGUUCUGUUCCAUCCAUUCCCCUGCCUAAAAAUGGAUCUAGAAGGCGCACCAGCAAUUGCUGAUAACCCAAUCAAGAGGAAUUCAUGGAAGGCAGUCCUGACCUUGGCCUACCAGAGCUUAGGGGUAGUCUAUGGAGAUUUGAGCACUUCCCCAUUGUACGUCUACAAGAGCACAUUUGCAGAGGACAUCGAGCACUCCGAUACCAAUGAAGAAAUCUUCGGAGUUCUAUCUUUUGUCUUCUGGACGCUCACGAUAAUCCCACUUCUCAAAUACGUGUUCAUUGUGCUUAGAGCUGAUGAUAAUGGCGAAGGCGGCACUUUUGCUCUGUAUUCUCUGCUUUGCCGCCAUGCCCGUCUCGGUGCUCUCCCCAAUUGCCAGCUCGCAGAUGAGGAGCUCUCCGAGUACAAGAAAGAUGGGUCGGCUGCAAAUCCCCGGAAUCGAAUUGGGUCCAGCUUGAAAUCUGCUCUGGAGAAGAGUAAGCUGCUGCAGAAAGCUUUGCUCGGCCUAGCUUUGAUUGGGACUUGUAUGGUUAUCGGCGAUGGAGUUCUUACCCCUGCAAUUUCCGUAUAUUCGGCCGUAUCUGGAAUGGAGCUUUCGAUGGAGAAAGAGCAGCAUCAGUAUGUUGAACUGCCUGUGACUUGUGCGAUACUUGUAUCUUUGUUUGCCCUCCAACACUUUGGAACGCACAAGGUUGGGUUCAUCUUUGCUCCGAUUGUCAUCACGUGGCUGCUGUGCAUCAGUAGCAUCGGCGUGUACAACAUUUUCCGGUGGAAUCCCCUUGUUUACCAGGCUCUCUCCCCAUACUACAUGUACAAGUUUCUGAAGAAGACGCGGAGGGGAGGUUGGAUGUCAUUAGGCGGGAUUCUUCUCUGCAUGACUGGUUCAGAAGCUAUGUUUGCAGAUUUGGGCCACUUUUCUCAGUUAUCCAUCCAGAUUGCUUUCACUUUUGUCGUUUAUCCAUCACUGAUCCUUGCAUACAUGGGACAAGCUGCUUACCUUUCCAAGCAUCACUCUCUCGAAACUGAUUACCGGAUUGGUUUCUAUGUAUCUGUUCCUGAGCAGAUAAGAGUUCCUGUAUUGGCAAUAGCCAUACUUGCAGCAGUUGUGGGAAGUCAAGCUGUCAUCACGGGAACUUUCUCGAUCAUCAAACAGUGCUCGGCUUUGGGAUGCUUUCCGAAGGUCAAAGUUAUUCACACUUCGUCAAGAAUUCAUGGACAAAUUUACAUCCCGGAGAUCAACUGGACCCUGAUGCUGUUAUGCCUGGCUGUUACAAUCGGUUUCAGGAAUACGAAGCACAUGGCCAAUGCAGCAGGUCUGGCAGUUAUAACUGUCAUGCUUGUAACAACGUGCCUAAUGUCACUGGUCAUCGUCUUAUGCUGGCACAAGAAUGCCCUUCUAGCACUUUGCUUCAUCUUCUUCUUCGGUUCAUUUGAAGCUCUCUACUUCUCGGCCUCCCUCAUCAAGUUUCUCGAAGGAGCUUGGGUUCCGAUUGCCCUCUCGCUCAUCUUCCUGGCUAUAAUGUACGUGUGGCACUAUGGAACGCUGAUGAAGUAUCAAUCUGAUGUUCAAAACAAGGUCUCCAUUGACUGGCUUCUCAGCCUAGGUCCAACUCUAGGCAUCGUCCGAGUUCGAGGCAUAGGCCUCAUACACACGGAACUCGUGUCUGGCAUCCCAGCCAUAUUCUCUCACUUCCUCACCAACCUUCCUGCUUUCCACCAAGUCGUGGUCUUCCUCUGCAUCAAAUCUGUGCCCGUACCUCAUGUGGGACCCGAGGAACGAUUCCUCGUGGGAAGAGUCGGACCAAAGGGGUACCACAUCUACAGAUGCAUAGCACGGUAUGGCUACCGUGACAUUCACAAGGAUGACGUGGAGUUCGAGAGGGACCUCGUUUGUAGCAUUGCAGAGUUGAUCAGGUCUGAGAAGCGUGGUAGCAGUGUAGAUGUCAUGGAAGAAGUUGAAGACGAUGACGAGAGAAUGGUAGUGAUUGGGACGACAUCCUCGAACCUUGAAGGGAUCAAGUUGUGUGAAGAAGAUGAAGAGGAAGAAGCGAGACGUUCGGAUGAGGUGAGGACAUCAGAGGCCGUGGUAAAAUCUCCGGAGAGACUGAGAAGGAGAGUGAGGUUUAUCGUGCCAGAGAGUAGUCAUAUCGACGAAGAAGCACAAGCAGAGCUGAUGGAGCUAAUGGAAGCUAGGGAAGUAGGGAUGGCAUUCAUACUAGGGCAUUCAUACGUAAGGGCAAAGAGAGGGUCGAGUUUCAUAAGGAACAUUGUGAUAAACUAUGGAUAUGAUUUCUUGCGGAGGAACUCCAGAGGACCAAGCUAUGCGUUGUGCAUUCCUCAUGCAUCUACAUUAGAGGUAGGAAUGGUCUACCAUGUAUAGUAAAAUUCUGAGUAUGUGUGACAUAAUAGGUAAGAUAGAUAUAUAGCCUCUGUAACCAGCCAACCCAGACAUUUUUGUUGCUGCAUUUCUAUAGAAGAACAGAUGUCCCAAGUCUUUUAAGUUUUGUAGUUGAGCUGAUGUAGUUAUGAAAAACAAACUUCUCGUGAAGGUUGUUGCCUAUGUACAGUCAGGUUAGUCAUACCAAGAAGCCUUAUGAGUACUGGUAUCUUGUUCUAAGCACAAAAGUUAUCUACACAUAAUAUAAUACACCGAAGGGAAAAACGGGAGCCCUAUUUCAAAUUUCCUGCAACGAGAGUGAAAGUAGGAAGGACAUUUUGGUCUUCACAAUUACUUUUUUUUAUUCAUUAAAAAGACACGUACUGGGAUUCGAACCAUGUCCAUUUUAAAGAAAAGCAAGGAACAUAA